UCUGUGAUAAGGAUUACUACUCACACAAACUUCUCUGCAGAGGGUUAAGCACAAUCUGGAACCAAUAUGUUGGACCUGUGUCGCAGGAGGAAAGUACUCGUCAUCAUCAUCUUCUUCUGCCUUUUUGGAAACCUGAUUUACUGGCGGCCUUCAAUAUUGAACAGGUUCCUUCAGCAUGAACCUGGAGAGUCCCAAUCUCUCCCUGUCCCUGGAGAGUCCCAAUCUGUCCCUGUCCCUGGAGAGUCCCAAUCUGUCCCUGUUAAAAUGAAAAACACAACUGUUGUUCUAGUGUGGUACUGGGCUUUUGGAAUCAAGCAGCACUGGCAGGGCGAUGUGUGCAAAGACAGAUAUGGCAUACCCAAUUGUAUUUUGUCAGAUGAUCGGUCACUGUUUCCUCAGGCAGAUUUUAUCGUUUUCCACAACCGUGAGCUGAUUGAGAGAAAGGAAAGGCUGCCUGAACACUUGCCCCGCCCACCUAAUCAGGCAUGGGUGUGGUUUUCCAGGGAAAGCCCUGCUUACAAUGGAGACACCGGAUUCUUGGCUGGUAAAUUUAACUACACCCUUUUCUACCGGCGCGAUGCAGACUUUUUUAACCCAUUUGGUUUCUUGGUGCCACGAAAUUCUACUGGAAUGACGCUUGAUAAUCUUAUACCAAAGGAAAAGUCUUACUUGGCAUGUUGGGUCGUAGGCAACUAUCAGCCUUAUUAUGAGCGGACAAAGCUGUACCUUAAAUUGAAACAGGUCAUACCAAUUGAGUGGUGGGGGGCAGCAGCACACAGAGGCCUGCAUGGUGACCUCUUGUUACCCACAAUGUCUCAGUGCUACUUCUACCUGUCCUUUGAGAAUUCAAUCUUCCGAGAUUACAUCUCGGAGAAGGUGUGGAGAAACGCCUUUCAGUCUGGAGCUGUGCCAGUAGUAUUAGGCCCGCCCCGGAAGAACUACGAGGAGAUGUUGCCAGAAGGUUCAUUCAUUCACGUGAAUGACUUUAAGAACGUAGCGGAGCUUGGAGCAUUCCUUAAGAAACUGGCUGGGGAUAAGGAACGCUAUGCAUCAUAUUUUAAAUGGAAACUGAACUACACUGUGCAAACCUUUAUGGGCAAUGAGCAUUGGCUGGUGGAACCGUUUUGUCGAAUCUGUGCCAAACAAAGCACCUUACAAAGGCCAAAGGUUUAUAAGGAUUUACAUGGUUGGCAAUGGACAUGAAAUAUGAAACAAACAUAACUACUGACAAGUGUUGCCGGCAGGGCCCUAAAUUAACAUUUUUCACCACAGGCCAAAAUGGCUAGUAGAUUAAAUCUUACUAGCAAAACACAGACCCACUAAUGGGUCAAAGUGGCUAGUAAAUUGACCUUUUCUACCAGCCAAAAUGAAAUGUCACUAGCAUUUGGCUGGUUGGCUGGUGUUAAUUUAGAGCCCUGGUUGCCGGGAACAACAAAAUGUGACCCUGCGGCCUGUUUUUGUGCCCUUUGGAGCUCCACCGAAGAUAUGGGGCACCUAAGUCACGCCCUCUACUUCCUGGUUCAUGGGGCAGAGGGAGUCAAAAGAUGAUUCCUGGGCUUGAAAAUGAGUGAAUUUUGGAUUUGUGGUGCAUUGGUGGAGAUCCAAGGUUUGGAUUGGUGUCAAAAAACACUCAUUUUCAAGCGCAGUAAUUAUUUUUUUACUCUCCCUGCCCCAUGAACCAGGAAGUAGAGGGCGUGACUUAGGUGCCCCAUUGGGUUUGGUGAUAACGGUUGAUAUCCAAGUGCAUUCAUAUGAGCAAGUCAAUGCAGUAACACUAAUAACUUAUAGUAAAUGGUUUUUUGCUUGAAACAUCCGGGCUAUGCGGGGAAAGCAUUUUUUGUGAGUCUAACUAAGCUGACAAGUCUGUAUUCACUUGCCCGGACUAAUGGCUACACCAGGGGUGGGGAACCUCUGUCUCGAGGGCCAUUUUAUCCCGCCCCCGAUAUGAUUUUAAUAUUAUAUAGCUUCACAUGAAAUAUGACAAAUUUUGUAAAGGAAUAUUACAAAUUACCUUUGCAAUACAACUUAGUUAUAUUCAGGGUUCCUAGAGAAGCUGGGGACUGUUUUAAAGAUAGCCGCCUUCAAUAUAGGCCCAAAGUGCAGGGGGAAAUCCUAGUUUGUGUUCAUAAUACGGCCCUCGGAGGACGUUUACGGCUCUCAAAUGAAAAAGGUUCCCCACCCCUGGGCUACACCAUAUCACUCAAUAUCACCAAACCCAAUACCUAAGGAAGUGUUCCAAAUGACGAAACUUUUCCUUUCAAUUGCACGUUACCUUGUGCAAACAAGUGUAGCCUAUAUACUUGCCACAGAGCCAUAAGAGCACUACGCACGGAGCCCUAUCUCGCGUCUGUCGUAAAGUCUUCACGAAAAAAAUGUGGGAAAUUCUGUGGGAAAUUCUGGGGGAAAUUCUAGGUUGUCUAGUCUAUUCUAGUCAAGCUGCCGGCCGUGCAAAAAUGCCAACGCAAAUGCCAACGCAUGCAUAUCGUAAAUCAACCACGUAGUUUUCAAUGCAUAUCGUAAAUCAACCACGAGACUGAAACCGUAAAUCAACCACGAAACACGGGCAAUAACGUGAAUUCACCACGUCCUUGUACAUUCUGCCUAGAAUUUCCCCCAGAAUUUCCCACAUUUUUUUCGUGAAGACUUUACGACAGACGCGAGAUACGGUUGACGCACGAUAGUGGAGGUAUCAUCAAUGGGGCAGAUAGCCAACGGGGCCCUCAUUAAUAUUUCCCACCCUUUCUUGACUCUACUGUGACCUCAGUAUGAUAGUUUGGAAGAUCACGGUUGUUCCAAUACUGCACUGUACACAUGUGUCUGUGUGCAUUAUGUCAGGAGACAAAAUUAAAGUAUGCGUGGCAAUGUGUUCCUCCAUGAAAUGUGCAUCCUACAGCAGGCCUAUCCUGGCCCGACGUACUUCACUAUGAUAACUUUAUUGUCUAUUUGCACAGAAAUUUGCCUUGCAUGACACAUCUGUUUAUUCAGUAGUAGAAUAAAGGUAUGAAUGUGUUGAUGGUUAGAAUGUAUGAACAGAAAUGCAAACAUAGUUGACCAAACUUUUGACCUUUUCCUAUAUUUCUUGAAAAUGUUGUAUGAUGUGAGAAAUGCAAUUAAAAUGCGAUCAAUUUCAAUGAAUCAAUCUGAAAGCCUCUGGUCAAUGCGAUAACACUUUUAAAAAGAGUC